UUCCGUUGUUGUUUGUUUCUAUCGCAAACACAUUAUUUGCAACGGGAAUACGAUCGUUUAUUUUAGUUUGUCAUUACUGUUUUAGUAUAUUUUUUUUUGAUAAUUUUACCCGCGAUUUGUGUCUCAUCAUAUUUUUUUACGUUAAUUGCACACACAUAUACGGAGUUUUGAGCACGGGUUGUGAGGCAAAGAGGAGACCAAAUCAAAUCGAUCAAACGAGAAAAAAAAGAAACAACAUGAAUUUGGAUAUAUCACGAGUUACAUUGGGUAUAGCGGCUGGCAUUGCUGGCACCAUAUUUAUAAGCUAUUGCAUUUACUUUGACAAAAAACGACGUGGUGAUCCAGGAUUCAAAAAGAGGCUAUACGAACGAAGACAAAAGGCAAAAGAGUGCCCGACUGGAAAGUCAGGGUCACGCACCGAAUUGCCUAAUUUGAAUGAUCAUGAAGCUGUUCAAAGAUUCUUCUUGCAAGAAAUCCAAGCCGGUGAGGCACUCAUUUCAAGUGGUGACUUUGAACAAGGUGUAACUCAUUUAGCAAAUGCAGUUGUUGUUUGCGGUCAACCCACGCAACUUUUGCAAGUACUUCAACAAACGUUGCCAUCGCAAGUUUUCACUUUGCUCAUUUCACGAAUGAGAGAAUAUGGUAAUAAUAAACAACCAGCACCCGUAGAAGUACAUAAUGAACAACGACACACAUUCGAUUUGGACGACGAUUUGGAAUAGUGUGGCCACACGAACAUUGUGCAAAAUAUCAACACACCCAGUAGUUACUAAAUUACUCUGUCAAGAUUUAUAACAAAAAAAAAAAAAAAAAA